AUGGAGCCAAAAGAUGUGGGCGGCGGUGUCCUCGGUGUCGUCGGCGGCGUCAUCGCCGCCAUCGGGCUGCUUGGCGCCUGCAUCAUGCUAGGCUUGCACGCCAAGCACCGAAUCGCGGCGGGGUCGCCGCCGAUCCUGACACCGUUCGAUGACGCGAUCGAAGCGUCGAUCACACGCCUUGAGUCGACGCUCCUUGGCUCCCAGCGCUCGUCGCAGCUCAUGGACGCCACGCACCCGCGCGCAUCUGUGAUUGUCGAAGCAUCGCCUGGGCAGCGGUCGUCGCUUGUAUUUGAGAGCUCGCGCGGGUCCAUUGGCGCCGACGCGACGCACCGCGGGAGCUACGGUGGCGUCGCGCUCCGCGUCCCAAGCCUCCUGGAUCACCCACCCGAGACGUACGAGAUGCGUCUCUCGAUCAUGGCCGCGCGGGCGUCGGAACCCGCCGUCGAUGCCUCUGGGAAGCCACUGCCCCGAGAGAUGACCUUUUAG